AGCCUGCAAUGUUUGAUCUUAUUGAAUGUAAGAAUUGUUGAAGCCCACGACUACUUCAACGAUUGCACGGCAACUAUGCUCUUUGCUAUGGACAUAUCUAUUGUACUAACAGUAAGCCGACGAUACGAUGCUUGGCAUGAUUGAGACAUUUUUUUCCAGAUGAACCAAAUGAAGGAAACAACUGUUGAAAGGUUGCUGGACACCAUCAUAACCGCCUUGCUGAUACGAAAACGGCGAUCGGGAAUAAUGUUGUUGUCCAUGUUUUUGGGGAAUCGGACAUGAACCUUGCCAACCAUGGGUAAGCAUUUCUGAUGAAGUUUGACAUGGCGAGAAUUUAUGUGCCAACGUUAAUGCCGCAUUCGAUCAAAGAAACUCUUGCAGGAUUCUUGUACAAUGGAUGCUGAUGAUGGCAUGGGAUCUGACAAUACAGCUAUCGGGUUCAAGUGACUAGCUUUACAGUCAUGGGAGCAGAGAAUUGGAGAAGAUGUAGCCGGAGAUGGAUCCUGUUGACUAGGACAGUCCUUGCUCGCUCUCCUCUAGAUCCCACUGGCUCAACUGCUCUCCUAGUCUCCCCUAUAAAUAGGCAACAAACAGAGUGAGCAAUCUGAUCCGAAAGUUGGAUAAGAGAUCGGCCGUUGGAGGUACUAGCACUAGGCAUGGCGACGAGCAUGAAGACGGUGCUGCUGUGGCUGGUGGUGGUGUGGUGGGCAGGAGGCGGUGGCGCGCCGGCCGACGCGAUGAGGAAGCAGGGGAAGGGGACGCUGGGGUACUACGAGCUGCGCAGGGGCGAGUUCUCCAUGGUCGUCACCAACUGGGGCGCCACCAUCCUCUCCGUCAGGCUCCCCGACAAGAACGGGCGCAUCGACGACGUCGUUCUUGGGUACAAGAAGAUCGGAGGCUACGUGAAUGACACGACCUACUUCGGGGCGCUGGUGGGUCGCGUGGCGAACCGGAUCGCGGGGGGCCGCUUCACGGUGAAGAACCACCCGUACCACACGUACCGCAACGACGGCAACAACACGCUCCACGGCGGCCACCGAGGAUUCAACCAGGUGUUCUGGUCCGUCCGGGAGCGUGUCACGGGCGCCUUCCCCUACAUCACAUUCUCCUACACGAGCUACGACGGCGAGCAAGGGUUCCCGGGCGCGCUGGACGUGCGGGUCACCUACAAGAUCGACGGCGACUACUCCUACAGCGUCACCAUGUACGCGCGCCCCGUGGACGGCGACAAGCCCACCCCCGUGAACCUGGCCCAGCACACCUACUGGAACCUCCGGGGCCACGGCCGGGGCACCAUCCUCGACCACUCCGUCCAGAUCUACGCCUCCGCCGUCACCCCCGUGGGCGCCGACCUCAUCCCCACGGGCGCCGUCACCCCCGUCGCCGGGACGCCCUUCGACUUCCGCUCCCCGGCCGCGCCCGGCGCGCGCAUCGCGGAGGUGCCCGGAGGGUACGACAUCAACUACGUGCUGGACGGCGCAGGGCUGGACGGGCAAGGGGUGCGCAAGGUGGCCACGGUGAGCGAGGCGGAGUCCGGGAGGGUGAUGGAGCUGUGGGGCGACCAGCCGGGCGUGCAGUUCUACACGGGGAACUUCCUCAAGGGCGACGAGGGGAAGGGUGGCGCCGUGUACGAGAAGCACGGCGGGAUGUGCCUGGAGACGCAGGACUUCCCCGACGCCGUGCACAACCCGAAGUUCCCCACCGAGAUCUACCGCAAGGGACAGGUGUACAAGCACUACAUGCUCUACAAGUUCUCCCUCGCCAAAAACUAGAGAUCGGUCUGUAGUCCUGUAAGAGAGGAUGGAUCCGAGUUAAAAGUAGUUGUUGACACUCCAGUAGUCCAGCACGUAGUUAUUUAGCAUACCAUGAACUAGCGAGCUCUCUGCGUGCACGUACGUUAUUUCGUUGAUCCGUCCCAUAGGGUGCUGUGCUCAGCUUUUUGGACUAGUGCUUGUUGGUGAAUGGUGAGUGCGUGCAUCGGUGCAUGCUAGCAUGGAUAAGUUAAUAAGGGCACUUUCGUGUAAGCUAUUAAAAACUGGCUGGCAUUUGUUUGGCAAUAGCAAUUUGGAAGAAGGAUAUUGCACUAGUA